GGUCGGGCUUUAAACGUGGGAGGGCUAAUUAAUAGAAGAUUAACUGGAGAGGGGCGGCGCCUGCGUCCGGCCCGCGCGGCCACAGUCCCUGCAUUGCGCGCGACCCGGCGGCGGGACAGGCUUGCUGCUUCCUCCUCCUCGGCCUCACCAUUCCAGACCAAAAUUGAAAAAAUGGUUGACCUCACCCAGGUAAUGGACGAUGAAGUAUUCAUGGCUUUUGCAUCCUAUGCAACAAUUAUUCUUUCAAAAAUGAUGCUUAUGAGUACCGCAACUGCAUUUUAUAGAUUGAGAAGAAAGGUUUUUGCCAAUCCAGAAGACUGUGUAACAUUUGGCAAAGGAGAAAAUGCCAAGAAGUAUCUUCGAACAGAUGACAGAGUAGAACGUGUACGCAGGGCACAGGAGAUCUUAGGCCCAGAGAGGCAGAUUCAGAAGAUCCUACAUAUAAAUGAGACUGGAGUGGAAAUGAGAAUGGCGGGAAAUGCAUGGAAACAGACUUGUAACUGUCCCAUGGCCUGGCUGUCCGAAUCCCAGAGGUUAGUCCAUUCUCCUGCUUUGGUCAAGCUGCCCUGGAAGCCUCUCUUAGGCUGCUGUUGGUUCUCUCUGUGGGAUCACUGCUAAAGAUCCCAGAGUCACUCCACAUCCCAGUGUUCUGCACAUUGCUGUAUGUUGGCUUGUGUGACCAAACAGCAUGUUUGGUGAGUGUGGUUUUAAACCAAACAGAGUUAGAGGAAUCAAAUAUUAAAUGGCAUAAGACUAAGAUAAUCUGACACAUCCAUUAUUCACUUCAAGAUGGAGAUAAUCUCUCUUCAGUGAAACUAAAAACCUCACAGUCUGUUGGCCACAGCACCCCACAGUCAAUUCACCUUUACACUUGGAAUGACUCUGCAAUUGAGACUGGCAAGGCCAAGUCUGAUGACGCAGGACCCUCACCACUGUGGGUGCUUGGAUAGGUAUAGUCAAUGCUUAUAUUUGUAUUUUUUUUCCUGUUUCUUGGGCUAUCCAAUCAUUCUUCUGACUGAUAUAUUCUCCCUUUCACUAUAUUAAAACACAAAGAGGCUACUUCUUGGAUCUUACCAAUCAGGAAGUGACUUGGUAUGUCUAUGCUGAGUUUAGCUAGGAGGUUAACGAUCAAAAGGUAAUUGUACAAUCUCUGAUCCCUAGUUAUCAGGGAGACCUCUCAAAACCCCUAAGCACUACUGACUGCCACCUUCCCGAUCUAACAUUCAAUGAUUCUAAGGCCAGAAGUUUUGCUAGGCAGUGAGGAGAAGGGAAUGGAGUUUCUGACAACCAAAGUGUUAAAUUUUAAUGCAGUAAGGCCCAGUCCUAGGGAAUCCUGAUGGGUUCUAUAAACCGUUCACCCUAGAGCUCUACUUUAUAAAUAAAGAAACCAAAAAGAAAGUUUUCUGAGUUGCACAGUUGCAUCACACUGAUUCUUCACGGAGGCAGAUGGUGAGAAGUGAGGCAAUUUGCCUUGGGAGUCUUUACAAUCCAUUUAGAAACAGCAGCACAAAAAUCCUAUGAUCAUCUCCCCUCUGCCAGCCUGAAAUGUCAGCCCUGUGGGAAGCUGAUAGGUGUUCCUGCCAUCAGCUAAAGCGGCACCUCUACAUUCAUACAUUUCAGGGUACUUUAUUCACUAUAUAUUCUGUGUAAACUGUUGGAUUUGACAAGGAGGAGUUGUCGAAGGCAGACUACUGGGAAGGGGCCGUGUUGGGUUGAAUUUGGCACCAAUCUCUCAUACUUGACAGCUCAUGUACAAGAUUGUGGAUGAGCUAUAGGACCUAUGAGCCUCCUCAGUCAGCAAGCACAGGCCCUAAGUCACAUUUAAUUCAGAAAGCCCUGACAGCCCUGCAUAAAAUGUGAGCCGUAAAAUGGAGAGAUAGGAGCUGUGUGCAAGAGUAGACCAUUUAAGUUAUUUCCUUUUACUGAAGUUUUGGAAAACAUGAACCAGGACAAUACAGACUGAUAUACCACAAAGAGAUCUGUAUUAGUAACUUCAAGAAAAUAAUCCAAAUAAUCCACACUUUAAGCCAGACAUAAUUUUUAAUGACCCCAAACUAAGAGGGACAUCAGUGGAGAGUUAGAGGCUGCCUAAAGUUCUUAGUCUUUUAGCCUAAGUCAUUCGUAUCUAUACCUAUAUGUUUAUAGAAGCAAAACCACCCAAAAUAAAGAGAAUAGUGAAGGACUCAAGCAGUAUGGUAUAGUGAAUAGAUACUGGAUUUGAAAAACACCUAUAUCUGUGUCUUGAGUCUUGAGGCUUUCUGGCUGCCUGAGAUAAUGACUGAGGCUUUAUGCCCCAUCCUUAAUUCUAAAGUGGCAAAAUUAAUACUUUACCUACUGUAUUAAUAGCCACAAUAAUUCUGCAUGAUAAGUCAUCCUAUGACUCAGUGGCUUUGAUCAUGAUUCUGUAGGGUUGAGCUGAUCUUGACUGGGUUUGCUCAUGUGUCUGCUGUCUUACAGGUUAGCCAGGCGGUCCUGCUGAAUAUGUGUCUGGGUCCUCUAAGGAAUCUGAAAAUUGGCUGAAACUUGGCUGAUUCAGAAAGAUCUCAACCAGGGUUACUUGGGCAACUCAACUCUAUCCCAUGCAUCUUAUCCUCUAGUACAGUGCUCAGCAAACUAUGGACUGUGGGCCAAAUCCAGCCCAUGGGCUGUUUUUAUAAAUAAUGUUUUAUUGGAACACAGCAGUACUUACUUAUUUUUAUAUUUCCUGUAACUGCUUUUGUGUCACAGUGGCAGAGUGGCGUAGUUGAAUUGUUGCAGUGGAGACCACAUGGCUCACAAAACCAAAAAUAUUUACUCUCUGGUGUUUUACAGAAAGUUUUCUGAUUCUUGCUCCAGUAGGUUAGCCUGACUGGGCUAUCACAGCAUAGGAGCAAGAGAGGAAAUGGAACUGUGUAAGUCUCCUUUCAAGAGUCUGCAAUCAUUACAUCCACCAACAUCCCUUUGGCCAGAGAAAGUCACAGGGCUGGCCUCAGAAUUAAAGUGCUGGGAAAUGGACUCAACCCCCUCAGGGAGAUGAACUGCAAAGUCACAUGGCACAGGGGCACGGAUGCACAGAGGCGUGAAGAUUUGGGCCACUUAUACAAUCAAUCUAUUGCACUUGCCUGCUUUGUUAUGCUAGUAUGAGUUUCAAUUCAGACACAUGUAAAAGCAUUUUAUAAACUUUAUGACAUUAUGCAAUUAAAACAGCAUUUAUUCUAAUGUGUCAUAAUUUUAUCAGAUUAGUGGUAAUCUGUGAUAUGCUCAGUAUGAGAGCAGUAGUUACAAACUAAGUAAAAAACACAAUACAGGGUUUAUGAACUUGGCCUUCUCCCUCUCAUUUGCAAUGUGCUGCCUUAGGAAGACAGAUGGGACAAGGAACAAAUAUUUGGACAGCCUUAUCGCCUCUAUAACCAAGUUGGUUCCCAAACUGUGCCCAGUCUGUUCUCUUGAAAUUAUAAUACGCACCCUGCUCCCAACCAAGUGUUUCAUCAAAUUUAAUCAGUUUCUGAUUAUUCACAUAUUAAAUGUAGACCAGAGAAUAUUGCUGGCCCAAAUGUAAAAUUUUUGUGUUAGUGUUUGCUGAAAUAAUUGUAUAUUAUCUUCUAUGGGUCGUAUUAAUCAUGAAAAUAAAGCUGUGCUAAGUUCUUGUUUGAGCUACCCAAUUUAUAACUUGAUAGUGAAAGGAAUAUAAUUUACUUUUUCUUUGUAACUUAUCUUUCAUGACAACAUAGUUAGAGGCUGGAUCCUAGAAUUGAUUCUUAUAAUAGUUUUGCCACUGACACACAUGAGAAACCCAGGCAAGUCACCUACUUAUGCUCUAUUCAUUUCUUCACAUUUAAAAUGAAUACACUGAACUAGAACAAUUUUUGAAAUAUUCUGUGACUCUAAAAAUUCUAUUUACUCUGGAGGCAGGUGUUGGUCUACUCUUUCUCCACUGAUAAAAUAUGGAUAUCAAGAUGUGGAAAUAAUUAUAGCAGAAAGCUUAUAGCCUCUAUUAAUGAGGUCAAACUCAAUUUGAGUUAAAUAGCAUUUUGUGGGUUUAAUGUCUCAGAAUAAUAAUCUUUAAUUUUCUCUGAAUCACCAAUGUGAUGUCACCAAAAAGAAAUGAUUGUUACUUUUCAGAAAAAUUCAAUAAAUGCAUUGAAUUACCUCCA